GCACCACAGAGCAGUGUGUUUCCUGUUUCCUUCCACCAAUCUACCAGUAGGCAGACACAAUGGUAUUAACAUAAUUUUAAGUCGUCAAACAGAGGGGAAUUUUAUCGAUGAGAAAUUUUCUUCUGUGAAAUAUCUUUGCUUCAUUAGUCACCAUCAUCACUUAUGUACAAUGUAUGGAUACAGUUUGGAUAGUGAGUGGGAAUAUUACGCUAGAAUGCAUUGAAGGAAUUUGACUUAAGUUUGUUAGUCGUUUAUGGUCUACAAGAACUGAGAUAAUUUGGUGUGUGUAGUCAGAAACAAACAAAUCUUUGCUUCAUUAGUCACCAUCAUCACUUAUGUACAAUGUAUGGAUACAGUUUGGAUAGUGAGUGGGAAUAUUACGCUAGAAUGCAUUGAAGGAAUUUGACUUAAGUUUGUUAGUCGUUUAUGGUCUACAAGAACUGAGAUAAUUUAGUGUGUGUAGUCAGAAACAAACUUGGAACAUAUUUUCUAUUGUAGUCAGCUAGCUACGAGCAUUUUGUCGGAUGAAUUUGUUUGAAGUCUUUUCACAGCAACAAAUCACUUCAAGUUCAACACUGCUAUAAUUCCUACGAGUCUUAACUUCCCAUGUCAUUGUUGUAAUACAUGCUGAUUUUUUGAGUGGACCUCCUGUUUCCUUGCGAUGUACAUUGUUCAAGGAUUUUUAUGGUGAAUAAAGCUCCGUUUGUUUGCACCAUUCGGGAAUCUGACUAAAAUGGAUAUGAGCAAAGAGGCGAUUCAAAAGUUCCUCAAUGGAACCUUCGGAAAGAAAUGGGAAAUGUCUUUCGAUAAUGGCAAGAAACAGUUGUUCAGCUCUGACUGUAAAGUACAAAGUAUAAGUGGUGGCUUUCUCAACAAAGUGUACCGACUCUUAAGGCAGGACCAGCCGGAUAACUCUGUGAUUAUCAAGCAUGCACCUCCAUUCGUCAAAUUUCUUGGUCGAGAGCAACGUCUUGGAGCCGAGAGGGUCAACGUGGAAUUCCUAGCCAUGAGGAAAUACCACCAGGUAGUCCCUGGAUCAGUUCCUGAAAUGUACUUCUACGACGAGGACACAAAAUGCGUUGUCAUGGAGGAUCUAAGAAGUUAUGAAAUGAUGAGUACACAAUUGAGUCGUGGUCAUCUACACAUGGCCCUCGGCAAGGAGCUCGCGCUACUCAUCGCCAGACUACAUCGUGCCACUCACAUCAAGACAUUAUCAACAGAGGACUUUCAAGAAAUGGUAUCAACAUUCAGAAACACUGAAAUGGUGACUCUGAACUCCGACUUGACCUUUACCGGUGUGAUUGACCCCAACGAGCCGACCAAUCACUGCUCGGCAGAGUUGACUGACCUUGCUCGGAGUGUCCGUGAUGACCAAGAGGUUCUUGAGUCGGUUCGGACACUUAAUGAUAUUUUCACAGAGCAGAAAGAAUGCCUUACCCAUGGAGAUCUUCAUCUUGGGUCUGUAAUGGUGGAUGGAUGCACACCUAAGGUGAUUGAUGCAGAGUUUGCUUCUGUGGGACCAGCAGGAGCUGACAUUGGAAUCGUACUUGCUAACUACCUCUUUUACUACGCUGCUAAUCUGUUGUAUCCUGAGAAGAACUAUCCCACCUUCUGCCACCAAAUUAGAGAGGCCAUUAUAACCACAGUGGAAGUUUAUUUCCUUGAAGCAAGGGACUAUCUCAGUACGGAAGCCCUGUCUAGGCUGGUGUCCCAGACUGCAGGCUUCACUGGAUGUCAUAUCAUUAAAUGGAUGAUUGGAAUUGCCCAGUCGAAGGAUCUCCAGGGUAAACCAAAAGCUGAGAAGAUGUGUCUUAAUAUUGGAGUUCUGUUAACCAAAAGAUAUUGCAACAUCACAACAACCAAGGACCUGCUUCACAUCAUCUUAGAAACAGAGAGUAAAUCUUAAAAAGACAUAAAGGCAGUGGACACUAUUGGUAAUUGUCAAAGACAAGCCUUCACAGUUGGUGUAUCUCAACAUAU